GCAGAGACAUCAAGGUGCCCUGUUGGAAAUAUGCCUCUUGGAUCUCAGGGAUGCAGAUUAUAUUUAGUGAUUUUAGCAGGACGGCUCUUCCUGCACACCAGCAGCACAGAGGAGCUGCCGGCUGAUCAUCUCCUCCAACCAGCCCGACAGGAGUCCUCGGUGCUGAAGCCCACAGUGCAGAUCACCAUCCUCGCCCGCAACGCACAGCACAGCCUCCCUUACUUCUUAGGAUGCAUCGACAGACUGGACUAUCCAAAGAACCGCAUUGCCAUCUGGGCAGCCUCUGACCACAGUGUGGACAACAGCACAGCCCUGCUGCAGGAGUGGCUCCGAGGAGUCAAACACCUCUACCACUCAGUGGAGUGGACGCCCGCGGAGCAACCGAGCUCUUAUGCAGACGAGCAGGGUCCCAAACACUGGCCCGACUCCCGCUUCACCCACGUGAUGAAGUUAAAGCAGGCGGCGCUCAGAGCUGCCAGGCGCCUUUGGACUGACUACAUACUGUUUGUGGACAGUGACAACUUGCUGACAAACCGCCAGGUGCUGUCUGACCUGAUAGCAGAGAAUGUGACGAUUGCAGCACCCAUGUUGGAAUCAAAAGGCCUUUUUUCCAAUUUCUGGUGUGGCGUGACUCCUGAGGGUUACUACAGGCGAACCCCGGAGUAUAUUCCCAUCCGUAAAUGGAAGCGGCAGGGCUGCUUCGCGGUCCCCAUGGUGCACUCCACCUUCCUGUUGGACCUGAGGCGCAGAGCGAGCCAGGCGUUGGCCUUCCACCCUCCUCACCCCCACUACCCCCACCACCUCGAUGACAUCAUGGCCUUCGCUUUCUCAACACGGCAAGCAGGGGUUCAGAUGUACGUGUGCAACAAGGAGCAUUAUGGGUAUUUACCGGUGCCCCUUAAACAGGACGAGACACUGGAGGCAGAAGAGGAGAGUUUCAGCCACACGCUGACAGAGGCGCUCAUUUCCUACACCAUGGAGCCCUCACAGUAUGUGCACACCGAGGAAAAAGAAGCAGGGAAGAUGGGGUUUGAUGAGAUCUUUCUGAUCAAUCUGAGGCGGCGCUCGGACCGGCGGGACAGGAUGUUGAGGUCUUUGAUUGUCCUCGGCAUCAACGCCACGCUGACUGAAGCCGUGGACGGCAAAGCCUUGAACUCCUCUCAGCUGCAGGCUAUGGGUAUAGACAUGCUGCCCGGGUACAAGGAUCCAUAUUCAGAGCGCGUGCUGACUAGAGGAGAGAUCGGCUGCUUCCUCAGCCACUGGAACAUCUGGAAACAGGUGGUGCAGCAGGAACUGCAGCAGGUGCUGGUGCUGGAGGACGAUGUGAGGUUCGAGCCCAGGUUCUGCAGCAGGCUGGUGGCCAUCAUGGAGAAUGUACAGAGAGCGGGACUUGAAUACGACCUAAUUUAUGUAGGUCGGAAGCGGCUGCAGGCGAAGGAGCCGGAGCUCUGGGUGAAGGGGGUCCAGAACCUGGUGCACCCAGGAUACUCCUACUGGACCCUGGGCUACGUCCUGUCACUGAGCGGGGCCCAGAAGCUCCUGCAGGCAAAACCAUUAAACAAAAUGUUACCUGUUGAUGAGUUCCUGCCUGUCAUGUUCAGCAAGCACCCUAAAGACGAGUACCUGCAGUAUUACAAGCAGAGGGACCUGAGGGCGUUUUCAGUGGAGCCUCUGCUGCUCUUCCCCACACACUACACCGGUGAGCCCGGAUACUUCAGCGACACGGAGACCUCCACCAUCUGGGACGACGAGGCCGUGGAAACAGACUGGGACCGAGACGGAGCCAGGAACCAGCGUGCCUGGGACGCUGAGGAUGCAGAGCUUCGACGCCCUGCGGCUCCUGCUCGUGGUGACGCGUCUCCUCUCUCUGCCAGUGGACACAGAGAAGAACUCUGAGAAGGACUUAUGCUGCAGAUCAAGUGGUCAAAGCACAAGGAAAUGCAGAUUUAAAGUUUAAAAAUAAUUGGAGUUAUUUUCCCAAAGUUUCAGCAAAAGCAAAAAACUGCAUACAGCAGAGUUCAAAAAGGUAAACAAAACAUAAAUACUGAAAUAUUAUAAGAAGUCCUCCGAACUGGGCCCCGAUUAACCUUUAUUUCACCCCUCUCUGUGCAACAUGUACAGUUUUUUCAUUUUAACCCUCCUGUUAUGUUCGUUUUUCAGGAACAGCAACAACCUGGGGCAUGUUUAGUUAUCCAAACGUGUAAGAAACUAAAAAACCCCAAUAAACAUUGUUUAUAUUUCAUAAAUGACUCUAUUAUUAACCAUCUCAAUCAAUAUUUAGUGUAGUGGUGUUCUUUCCCUCUCACAGGUCAUUGAUCAAUGAGGAUAAUUCACUUUUUUU